AUGCAGAUGGACUUGGGUUACACAAUUUUUUUUUUCAUGAGGUAUUUUGGAGUAUUCGGUUUUCAUGACAAAACACACUCAGCUCCAUUUUUUUGGUUGCUGAGCCAUACAAAUUUUUCGUCGUCAUAGGGAGGAAAAAUCUGGCCAUCAAGCAUUACGUUAGUUUCGAGAUAGUCGACAUCAUAAGGGCUCGAAUAGUAUGUGGGUGAUUGGGUGUUGAGUCUGCAUAGGAUGCACUGUUGUCAGGGAGAAGUGCAAGUCACCUUCACGCGGUUGGCCCGGAAGCCCAUAUCUAACGGAGACGAUCACAGAACUACACCAACCACGGACGGCGGUUCCGAAACAAGGUCCAUUAUGUCUGGCCACUAAAUCAACGCUCCAGCCGGGAAGAUAUAGCACAAACAGGUGUUUAUUGGCAUCGUUGGCGUGAAUGAGAAUUAGCAGAAUCUCCGAGUUGGAUGACAAAGCCGAUGAUGGGUUUAUCGUUCCGCUAAAUAGAAUUAAUGCGCCUCUGAAUGCAUUAACCCCGUCACCGGCGGGUCCAGAUCCGGUUAUCUCGGACCGGGGCGCCUGUGAGGUUUCCCUGAACGCUCUACAGAACAGCAAUGGCUCUGGUGACUCUGCAGCGCUCCCCUACACCCAGCGCCGCAUCCUCAGCCAGCACCAACGCGGGGGAGGAUUUAGGCAGUGAUGAGGAUCGAAAGGCAAACCUAAGCCUGAGUGAAAGUUUCUUCAUGGUAAAAGGGGCAGCUCUGUUUUUGCAGCAAGGCAGCAGUGCACAAGGGCCCAGAACACCCACCCAUCAUAAAAAUGCAGUGCAAUGUAGGAAUGGCUACUCCUCAAAAUGUGCAUACACCAGCGUGCACCAUCUCCAUCAACAGGUUGUUAGGUUAGAAAGCGGUUGGGCGGACCAUGUGCGGUACAUGGUGGUUGUCUACACAAACGGGCGUCAGGAUACUGAAGAAAACAUACUGCUUGGGAUGGAUUUUACAGAUAAGGACAGUAAAAGUUGCUCUAUUGGGAUGACUCUUCCACUUUGGAGUGAUACCAAGAUUCACUUGGAUGGAGAUGGAGGUUUCAGUGUGAGCACAGCAGGAAGACUACAUGUUUUUAAGCCUGUGUCAGUCCAGGCCAUGUGGUCUGCCCUCCAGGUGCUGCACAAAGCAUGUGAGGUGUCCCGCAGAUACAACUAUUUUCCAGGAGGGAUGGCCCUUACAUGGGUUGGCUUUUAUGAGAGCUGCAUUUCCUCAGAGCAGAGCUGUAUCAAUGAGUGGAAUGCUAUGACAGAUCUGGAGACCACACGGCCUGAUUCGCCAGUCAAGUUUUCUGAUCAGCCAACCGAGAGAGAGAGAACGGAGUGCAUGAUCAAAACCAAACUCCGAAACAUAAUGAUGUUUCAGGACCUGGAAAAUAUUACUUCUAAGGAGAUCCGAAAUGAACUGGAACAACAUAUGAGCUGCAACCUGAGGGAGUAUAAAGAGUUUAUUGACAAUGAGAUGCUGCUUAUCCUGGGCCAGAUGGACAAGGCUACACUCAUAUUUGACCAUCUGUACCUGGGCUCAGAAUGGAAUGCAUCCAACUUGGAGGAACUUCAAGACUCUGGGUUAGUGCUGAUACACAUCGACCGACAGGUUGGGUAUAUCUUGAAUGUCACACGAGAGAUCGACAACUUUUUCCCAGGUACCUUUUGUUAUUGUAAUAUCCGUGUUUACGAUGAUGAGACUACAGAUCUGCUGGCACACUGGAACGAAACCUACAACUUCAUAGUUAAAGCCAAGAAAAACAACUCUAAAUGCCUUGUACAUUGCAAGAUGGGAGUGAGUCGCUCCGCAUCCACCGUCAUUGCUUAUGCUAUGAAGGAGUACGGAUGGUCACAUGAAAAGGCAUACACUUUUGUCAAACAGAAGAGGAAUAUAGCACAACCCAAUCCAGCUUUUAUGAAACAACUUGCUGAGUACGAGGGGAUUUUAGAUGCCAGCAAGCAGAGACACAAUAAACUCUGGCAACCAGACGGUGAUGAGUAUUCCCUGGAGGGCCUUCAGGCUUCAGCUGCCAGUGGUGACCAGACUCCUCAAUUUUCGUCACUGCAUCCCGAUCAAGAGGAGACCGCUUGGGGCCACGGUGGAGCAAGUGCUUCCCCCUGCUGCGGAGAAGAUCCAACAGACUAUCUCAAUUACAACUACUACUUCCGGCGACUCUCAGACACCGCUCUGGACAGUGAACCCUCCACGCCAGUUCGAGGUCCUCCGCUUUUAGGCAUGGAACGAGUCUUUAUUGAGAUUGAGGAUGUAGAGAGGGAUGCGUUGUUGGAUGAUGAAGGCUUCCCCAUGGCUCACUUGGCCCUUCCUGGGGAGGGUACAGCGGCCCAGACCUGCGGCCGACUGGAGCCUAUAGAGGACAUGCGUUUGAGGCUGGAGUUUAGCACGGUGGAGGAGGAGGACGAGGAAGAAGCACAAAAGGAGGAGGCAGAGAUGGCCGCCUUAGCUCGUGGAGAGGAGACGCCGAGGGAAGACGAGAGCCUGGCUAACUCGAACCGCUUUAACAACGAGAACGCCAACAACAGCAACAGGCUGGCCGGGAAACGCAGCUGCCCUUCUGGCUUUGACGACAGUGCUAGCAUUGGAAAGCCCUACAAAGUGAAGCCCUCAUAUCAGUCGUGCCGAGACUGCCUGCGCCUGCCCAGCGGCCGCCGCUGCGAACGUCGCACCCAUCGCCUUAACCUGUCACGUCACACUGGCCUGCCCAGUAUGUCCAUCCAGGCCCCCAGAGGACACAAAUUCAGUCCUGUCUCCGCCAAUAAGGUGCCUCCUCCUGCCACUCUGCAUCACAUGAGCAGCGGGCACUGCCAGAGCCUUCGUUGCUUCGGUCGAGACAACUCAGACACUUGCCACAAGCAACCGAGCUGCGAAGACCUUCCUCAGGAUUUGCGUUAUUCCUUGGAGACUGAGGACAGAAUGGAAGGGGAGGACGAGGGGAGCAAGGAAAGCUCCAGCAGUCCCGUGACAGAGCUUACUCUCCUGAAGCUCAGUCUGGGUGGUGAGAGGCCUACGGCGGAGCUUAGUCAGGGGGCCCAACUGGAAACACAGCUGGUGCAAAUGUCCGAUCCUCAGUUGGAACAGAUGGACUUGAGCAUAGAGGACUCUGCCAUAGAGGACAUGGAAGUGGACGAGGGAAACAUCCCCAGCUCGCACCCUGGCUCCAGUGGACUCCAGCAAACACUCACACCGGACUCGGCCCUGAAACGCAGCUCUAGCAGCGACAGUCUGCCGAGAAUUUGUAGAGGCCAGCCAGGCUUGGUAUGUCAGCAAGCUCGAGAGAUCGAGACCCGUGUGCGGCACGCAGGACUGACCAUGUCCUCCCAACUCAAAAGGUCUAAUUCACUUGCCAAGCUAGGUGACUUGGCCAUCUCCAGAGAGGACCUGAUGUUGUCCACCCCACUCUCCAUUGACUACGAUGACCAAGAGCCUGCUCUUUGCGUGCAAUCCUCUUGAAAAGCUGACUCCAAGAUGUCAGAACUGCUUUCUCAGUGAAUGGGACCGAUCCAGUCCUACAGCCAUCGGGAGUGACCAUGGAGGCUGAUGCUGCAAGACAUCUCGUGAGAACAAUCAGGCCAGGCUUGGACGUCCUUCCAGCAGCCCUUUACAUAACUGCACUGCAUUCUUCAUUUGUCUGUCUGUGCUUUAACGAAGAUAUAUAUUAAAGCAUGCUCUGGCUUGGACCUUCAUUAACGGCUUCAUACGGCUUUUCUUGUCUUGCUAAAGGAAGCCCUACCAGUUAAGGUUUUAAAAUCGAUAGGUCGCAUAAUCAGACCUUUUUAAAUCAGUAAUGAUUUUGCUCAAAAUAUUUUUUUUUAAUCUCCAUAAUUGAAACCAAAUUUUGUGGAUCUCCUAACAACAUCCAUGAUAUUUUGCCUCCUGGUUUGUUCACCAGCAAAUUUAGGUGCUGCUGCAAAUGAACCAAUCAUGCAGUUGCGAUGAUUUGAUAGCAUAAAGAGACACUUUAUCUGAUUUAGAUAAUUGAAAACCUUAAAGGUGCACAUAAAUGUGAAAACUAAAAGGGUGCUAUGGAAUAACUAAUCAGAACACUUAUGUACUACUAAUAAUAUAAAUUUUCAAACCAUAGAAAUGGUUGGACCAAAUAAGGUGGUAGGCGAGUAUUUAUUAGUUAUUUAAAAACUGAAUCAGAUUUAUAUGUAGACAUUAAUACAUUUCCAUGAUAACAUUUGAGCUAUGGCUUUAUUAAAACAUGAUCAAAAUCUGAGCCCAAACCAUAAGCUUUAAAAAACAGAAAUCCAUCACUAAUUGGCUACUAAAAUUAAAUGCUGUAGUCCUGAAUAUUUAAUUGGCAACUUUUUUGGUUGACUUGCCUUCAAAAGCCAUAUAGUUCCACAAACCUGUGUGGACAUUUUUAUCAAAAUGUUGCACCACAAAAGUACUUUAAGACUAAAGUUUAGCCUGAAAUGUAUGAUUACGGUAUGUCUUUUGUUUUUUUAAUCACCGUGUUAUUCCAACCUGAUAGUUACUUGAAUGACAUCAACAAAACCGCAUAAUUAUUGUCUGUUUCCAGAGAAAAAUUCAACAUGAAUGUGGUUGCCUAUUUGUCUUACAACACUAAUUUGCUUUUCAGCUGGUGUUUAUCAGAUCAACUACAUCUGAAAUGUGCUACUAGAGUAGCUCCUGUUAUGUAAUUUAGCUUAAGCUGUUUAUUGUACAAAUUGUAGCCUGUGAUGUGCAAAAGGCUUUAGCAGCAACAUAUUAGUACAAUACAGUCUUCAAGUUGAUCAUAGGAUGUUCACUAUUGUCCUUUAAAAGGUCCUUUUAAAGUGUCUCCUAUUUGAAAUGACAUCAUGGCAUCUGAUAACAACAGUCAUGUAUGUUAGGUUUUAACAGGUAUGCACAGUUUGUUAUAAUGUUGUGGGAACAGGGACUUGCUUGAGUUUCUCAAUUUAAUACCAUGAGGGUGUAUGAUAUUUGUGAAAGAACACAAAGUUUGAUCAGUGCUACUAGAUAACAAGUUUGCAAGUAUUGGUUAAACUUGACCUGAAUUAUUUUGUCAUAUAUAUGUGUGUAAUUUAAUAAUUAAUGUUAUUGGUCUUUGUGUUGACUACUAAGCUUUUUUCAUUUUUUUCAUUUUUUUUAACAAUAUGCAAAGUGGCCUGUGCAAUAAGUGUAAGCAAGAAUUUGAAGAGAAUCGUCUUUAUUUAUACAAUAAUGUGAAAAGUAACUCUCUUUCAUUAAGAAGAAUGAAAAUCUGAGAGAAACGCACCUUGAGUGAGAUUUGAAUGAAAGAUUGUUGUUUUUUUCCAUAUGAGCCACUUGGGUUCAGUCACUGCUGUAUGAAACUAUUAUGUUCUCAUUUUCAUUUUGAAGUUGUGAUAUGUAUUUCAUAUUGCUUUUCCUGUCACUUUCUGAACUUAAAAUCUGCUUUUUAUUUAUUCAUUUAUUUUUCCCAUUUAAAAAAAAAUGCAUAUAAUGAGAAUGUUCCCAUUUAUAGUUUUGGGGGGUAAAAUGAUUUGCCAAACGAUUGCCAAAAGAAGAUGGCCUCCCAAAGAGAUCACAUUUGUAGUUUUGCAUACCUUCUCCCAGCUGCUGCUGAUUUGAGUACUAGACAUUUUGUUUCUUCGGACAUGCAAGUGCCUUACCUGUUGCCAUUUGCAAUCAGUUGUCUAAUGGUUCUUUGGUAAAAAAAAAAGAAAAAAAGAAAUGCUCUUUUUUUGUCUCCAACUGUUUGCGUUCUUUAUAGAGCAAAGUUUAUUUUGAAAAAAAAAAAGCAUAUUUUGAGGCUUACUCAAGUCUGUUUGUCUUUUUAUUUUGAUAUUACAUUUCAUUUUUGAAUAGAGGAGACCAAAGUCAUUUAUUUAUUGUCAUGUUUUGGCAUGUUUGAACAAACUAAGCUAACAAUAAAACUGGAAGACUGCCUUCAGCCCCAACUAAACAGCUCUUAAAAGUGACUUGGAACAUACAUCAUAUAUACGCUGUACUUCAUUUUGACCAUUUUAAGUUGCGCUGCACUUUGUUUUAUAAUGUAAUGUACAUUUAAUUUUAAAAAAUAAUAAAUUGUUUAUUGUAUGCAUCA